AUGUUUCAUAAAAGUAAAAAUUUAUGGAAAUUGCUUCGAAAUUCUUGUAUCAGUGAGAAUUCAAACUUGGAAAGAAUAAUUCAUCAAGGCUGGGCCAAGUGGUCUGAAUGGGGCCCUUGUUCUAAUUUGUGCGGUGAUGGAAUAUCAAGUCAGUUGAGGCGCUGUUUGGACGUACGAUGUGUAGGACCAAACCGCCGUGAACGUGUUUGUAACAUGCAACAAUGUAACAACACUUCCUCAAUUCAAUCUAAGGAGGAACGUUGCUCAGAGUUAAAUGUCAAUGCUAACAAUUCUAAAUUGUUGUCACAGAAAUGGGUACCAGUCGAGAGUAGCUACCAAUGUGUCUUGGUGUGUCGUUCCCUGAAAACCGGUGAAGAGAAGAAAUUAGGAAAAAUGGCUGAUGGCAGUGCGUGUCACAUCGAAGGAUACAAUAAAUCUAUUUGUGUGAAUGGCAUUUGUCAGCAUGUCGGUUGCGACGGCAUUGUGCAGUCGAACGCUCGCUACGACCUUUGCGGAAUAUGUGGCGGCACGGGUGAAAGUUGCCGGAGUACAAUAUUUCAGUGGAAAGACACGAAACACUUCUCACCUUGCGACACAACUUGCGGACCGAAUGCUUAUCGAGUGUCAGUAUCAGUAUGCCAAAAUGUGCGGAAUGAACGAGUGGUGCCGGAACGACUUUGUGCUGACCAGCCUCGACCACGUCCAGUCGUCGAGAAAUGUCCACAUAUCGUUUGUCCAUCACAAUGGAUGACCGGAAAAUGGUCCGAAUGUACAGCAUCCUGUGAUGGCGGACAUCAGACUAGAAAGGUGUACUGCGUUGAAAGUUCCAACGAUACAAGCGGAAUCGUUGUGGAAAACCGGAAAGUAGAUGAUCAGUACUGCUGGCAAACCCAUCGACCGGCAAUAAGCAGGAAAUGCAAUCGGAAAAGUUGUCCGAAAUGGGAAAAGGGAGAUUGGAGUUCGUGUUCCGUUACGUGUGGUAAAGGUUACCGGACAAGACAGGUUGAGUGUCAACAAGAAGGUGAACGGAUUGAUGAUUACGCAUGCAAGGAUACUGAUCGACCGGAUGACAGUCAACCGUGCUAUACUGGUAUCACCUGUCCAAGUGAAUUCUACGAUUGUUAG